AUGGCUAGUACUUCAGCAUCCACAGAUUCGGCAUCAAGUUCCUUACGACUUUCAAGAGAGGCUUUCAUGCAGAAGUUCAAAAUAUUACACCAAAAACGACAAGAAUCACGGAAAUUGAAUUAUGAGCAAGUAGUAGAGGAGGAUCACAGGUCAAAGUUGCCAAAAAAUUAUGAACUGAAAAGGAAACGACAGGAAUGGGAACUGGAAGAGUUGGAAAUGAGAAAAGCUGCCGAAGAACGUGGAGAAGACUAUGAUAGGUUACAGGCACUAAAGGCCCAAGCAAAUUUAGUUGAACGCAAAGAUAUGGCGAAACGAAAAAAGAAUCCCGACAGAGGGUUCAGUGACUAUGAAGCGAUGACCUUACGUCAGUAUCAAAGACUUUCCGGGAAUAUCAAGCCUGAUAUGAAGACAUAUGAAAAAAUGAGAGAAGUUGUUGGUGCAGAUGAAUUUUAUCCUGGAGCAGAUACGCUUAUUUCUGGCACUCAUUAUCCAACAGAUACUGCUUUAAAUAAGUUGGCCGAAGAUAUCAAAGCACAGGAAAAGAAACGCGAUCAAUAUCACCGGAGACGGAUGUUUGAUCCGGAUGCACCUAUUGAUUAUAUUAAUGAAAGGAACCGUAAAUUCAAUCAGAAAUUAGAUCGUUUUUAUGACAAAUAUACAGAAGACCUUAAAAGUGAUCUUGAGAGAGGAACUGCUAUAUAA